GAUUUCAAAACCUUCUAUUUUUUCUAUUGUUUCUCUCAUUUCCUGAAUAGCUCCUGGAGUUUAUUCAGCAGGUAUCCUUAUCUUCCUCCUCACACACUGGUCACGCCAUGCAUGCCUCUGCUCAUGCUGAGUGACUAGUCAGUCUGUACCCAGGUCGUGCUUCAAGGCUGAGCUCAUGUUGUUUCUCUUGUGUGAACCAUCCUCGAUCACUUCAGUUAGUGCUGAUGUCCUUUUUUGAUCUCCCACCCACUUAGCAUGUGUUCUAUAACCCCACCAUCUCAGAGUGAUAUUUCUUUUUCUCUUCUUUUUUUUUUUUUUUGAGACGGAGUUUCGCCCUUGUUGCCCAGGCUGGAGUGCAAUGGUGUGGUCUUGGCUCACUGCAACCUCCACCUCCCGGAUUCAAGCAAUUCUCCUGUCUCAGCCUCCCGAGUAGCUGGGAUUACAAGCGCCUGCCACUAUGCCCGGCUAAUUUUUUGUAUUUUUUUAGUAGAGACGGGGUUUCACCAUGCUGGCCAGGCUGGUCCUGAACUCCUGACCUCAGGUAAUCCACCCGCCUCAGCUUCCCAAAGUGCUGGGAUUACAGGCGUGAGCUACCGUGCCUGACCUCAGAGUGAUAUUUCAUGUAUAUUCAUCACUGUUUGGUAGGAUCUCUCUUCACAUAGAUUCUGACUUCCAGGGAGACCGUACUUUCUUGCCUUGUCUCUGGUGCUGGAAACUCAGUAGACUACAAGUACUGAGUGAGUAUAAAGUUGGACAAGAACUGUUCAUUUGGUCUUUCAGUUGGUCUUUCAUUUGGUCAGGGAAUUGGUCAGCUUCCAUUUGUAAAAAGCUUUUACUGGAAGGAUUUAAAAAUCUAUAUGAAGAUAAUUCAGUAACUUUUAAGAGCUGAGCUUGAAAUUGAUAAUAAAUGCCAGUUGUUGUGCAGAGUAGAACCUCUGUUAUAAUGGUCGUGGGGGCCAGGGAUGGGGGUUCACAUUUGUAAUCCCAGUGCUUUGGGACGCCAAGGUGGGAGGAUUAUUUGAGCCCAGGAAUUUGAGACCAUCCUGGGCAACAUGGCGGGACCCUGUCACUAUAAAAAAUUUAAAAACAUUUAGCCAGGCAUGGUUGUGUAUACAGGAUUCAUGCCUGUAGUCCUGUUACUCGGAAGGCUGAGGUGGGAGGAUUGCCUGAGCCCAGUAAUUUGAGAUUACAGUGAGCUAUGACGGUACCACUGCACUCCUGCCUGAGUGAGACCCUGUCUCAAAAAAAUUAAACAAAAAAUAAUGGACUUGGGUGGUAAAAGGGGGGGAAAUUACAUACAGUAAAGAGAAAAAAAGAAGCAGAGAGAGAGGGCAGGGUCUAGUUCUUGUUGGGACCUGCCUGGGGCUUUAGACCCUGUAGCAAUCUGGAUAAUGACUUCCCCCACAAAGAUAUCUGCAUCCUAAUCUCCAGAAUUUGUGAAUGGGGCACCUUGUAUGGCAAAAGGGACCUUCAGAUGAGAGUAAAUUAAGGAUCUUGCUGUGGGGAGGUUAUCCUGGCUUGUCUGAGUGGAUUCUAAAUGUACUCACAAGGGUCCUUUUAUAAGAUUGUGGUGGGAGGGUCAGAGACACGGGAGAGGAUAUGAUGACAGAAGCAGAGGUUGGAGUGAUGAGCUUUGCAGAUGGAGGAAGGAGCUGCGAGCCAACGAAUUGGGGCAGCUUCUAGAAGAUGGAAAGGGCAAGGAUAUGGUGGAUUCCUUAGAGCUUCUGGAGGGAGCACAACCCGGCCAAUAACUCCAUUUUAGCCCAGUGAAAGCCGUUUUGGACUUCUGACUUCCAGAACGAAUGGGUGAGAAAUCUUGAAACCAAAGCAUUGAUCCCAGCACAGAGCAUUUUUGAGGAAGAACAAUCCCAUGGCAUGAAGUUGGAAAGAUAUAUAUGGGAUGAUCCUUGGUUCUCCAGGUUAGAAGUUUUGGGAUGUAAAGACCAAUUAGAAAUGUACCACAUGAACCAGAGUACAGCUAUGAGGCAGAUGGUCUUCAUGCAAAAGCAAGUACUAUCCCAGAGAAGCUCUGAAUUCUGUGGACUUGGGGCAGAGUUUAGCCAGAACUUAAACUUUGUUCCAUCUCAGAGAGUUUCUCAGAUAGAACAUUUCUAUAAGCCUGAUACACAUGCUCAAAGUUGGAGAUGUGACUCAGCCAUAAUGUAUGCAGAUAAGGUUACCUGUGAAACUAAUGAUUAUGACAAAACUGUUUAUCAGUCCAUUCAACCUAUUUACCCUGCAAGAAUACAAACUGGAGAUAAUCUUUUCAAAUGUACUGAUGCUGUUAAAUCUUUCAAUCAUGUAAUACAUUUUGGUGAUCAUAAAGGAAUUCACACAGGAGAAAAACUCUAUGAAUAUAAGGAAUGCCAUCAAAUCUUUAACCGGAGCCCAUCAUUUAAUGAACACCCAAGGCUUCAUGUUGGAGAAAACCAGUAUAAUUACAAAGAAUAUGAGAAUAUCUUUUAUUUCUCAUCCUUUAUGGAACAUCAAAAAAUUGGUACUGUAGAGAAAGCGUAUAAAUACAAUGAAUGGGAGAAAGUCUUUGGGUAUGACUCUUUCCUUACUCAACAUACAAGCACUUACACUGCAGAGAAACCCUAUGACUACAAUGAAUGUGGGACGUCUUUCAUCUGGAGCUCUUACCUUAUUCAACAUAAGAAAACUCAUACUGGAGAAAAACCCUAUGAAUGUGAUAAAUGUGGAAAAGUUUUUAGGAAUCGCUCAGCCCUUACGAAACAUGAACGGACUCACACUGGAAUAAAACCCUAUGAAUGUAAUAAAUGUGGAAAAGCCUUCAGCUGGAAUUCUCAUCUUAUUGUACAUAAGAGAAUUCAUACAGGAGAAAAACCUUAUGUUUGUAAUGAGUGUGGGAAAUCUUUCAACUGGAACUCUCAUCUUAUUGGACAUCAGAGGACUCAUACAGGAGAGAAACCUUUUGAAUGUACUGAAUGUGGGAAAUCAUUCAGCUGGAGCUCCCAUCUUAUUGCCCAUAUGAGAAUGCAUACUGGAGAGAAACCCUUUAAAUGUGAUGAAUGUGAAAAAGCUUUUAGGGACUACUCAGCCCUUAGUAAACAUGAAAGAACUCAUUCUGGAGCAAAACCAUAUAAAUGUACUGAAUGUGGAAAAUCCUUCAGCUGGAGCUCCCAUCUUAUUGCCCAUCAGAGAACUCACACGGGAGAGAAACCGUAUAACUGUCAGGAAUGUGGCAAAGCAUUCAGAGAACGCUCAGCCCUCACUAAACAUGAGAUAAUUCAUUCUGGAAUUAAGCCCUAUGAAUGUAAUAAAUGUGGAAAAUCCUGUAGCCAGAUGGCUCACCUUGUUAGACAUCAAAGGACUCAUACUGGAGAAAAACCCUAUGAAUGCAAUAAAUGUGGAAAAUCCUUCAGUCAGAGCUGUCACCUUGUUGCUCAUCGGAGAAUUCACACUGGUGAGAAACCCUAUAAAUGUAAUCAGUGUGAAAGAUCCUUUAACUGUAGUUCUCACCUCAUUGCACACCGGAGAACUCAUACUGGAGAGAAACCAUACAGGUGUAAUGAAUGUGGGAAAGCAUUUAAUGAGAGUUCAUCCCUUAUUGUACACCUAAGAAACCAUACUGGAGAAAAGCCCUACAAAUGUAAUCAUUGUGAAAAAGCAUUUUGUAAGAAUUCUUCCCUUAUUAUUCAUCAGAGAAUGCAUAGUGGAGAGAAACGCUUUAUAUGCAGUGAAUGUGGAAAAGCCUUUAGUGGUCACUCAGCCCUACUUCAACACCAGAGAAAUCACAGUGAAGAGAAACUGAAUUGAAUUUAUGCGAGUUUUUCGUUUCUUGUACAUUUGACAACACAUUGAGGAAAACCCUAUAAACAUAAUCAAGAGGGGACAUUUUUCAUUAAGAGUUCAGUAAGACUUCUCCCACAUUAUUUACUAGAAAAUAUCAUCUUAGAAGAAACCCCAUGAAGGAAAAGAAUAGGGAAAAGCUUUCAGCAGUUAUUUAGCCCUUACUCAAAAUCAGAUAAUUAACAAUGAAGGAAACUCUAAACUCUCCUUAUGGUCUACCAGUAAUUCAUACUUGAGGACCAUGACUGUGGGGAAUGAGGCAUCUUUUAGCAAGAGCUCUCACCAAUUGUAGAUUGGUGUGAAUUGCUAAGGGAAAAACCUUAUGCAGAGAAAAGUUUUUGACUGGAAAUACACUGUUUUGCAUCAAGCUGGAGUACUGGAUGGAAAACUCUACAAUAACAUUUUGUGCAUAAUUGUAGAAAUACAGAUUUUGUUGUUAUAAGGGGAGGGUCUGGGUGCCCAGGAGUAGAAUAUGAAGUGCUAAAUCUGAAUGUAAGAAAAAUAAUAGUAUUGAAUGGGGUAUUUACUGUUGAUUAACCUCCUUAGAGAAAAUUAAUGAAUGAGAUGACUAAUGGUAGAAAAGUUAUUGCCUAGGAGUGUGAGACUGAUGUUGCUGGACACAAAGUGAUCCUUAGCCCAGUGUGUCAGCGUCCAUUGUUACUCAUCACUGCAUUGUUGGGCAAUUAGUUUGUAAUUUGUUUUAGGCAAUCACUAUAAAUUAUAAUUAUGGACACUGCAUCAGUAUACAUAACAUGAAGGAAUAAAAAGGAUACAGAAUUGUAUAUACAUACUUACUGUAACACAUCUAAAAAAAUGUAUAUGGGUAAGGACCUGAAAGAUCCAUGGAAAAGUUAACCCAGUUAAUUUGAGAUUUUUAAAAAGUUUUACAAAUACAUAUAACGCUUAUGUGCUGGGCUUCCUUUUAAAUGCUUUCCAAGCGUUAACUUGUUUAGUCCCCUUUACUCUGAGAUAGGUACUGUUACCCCAGUUUUACAAAUGGCUAAGCUGAAGCAGAGAUGUUGAAGGAUCCUACCUAAGGGGCACAGCUAGUAAGGGAGUAGAGCUGAGAUUGGCUCCAGAGUUCUUGUUUUCAGCCACCAUUUUAUGCUGCCUCUCCAGUGAUUUUUUUCCCAUUUUCUUCAGUGUUUCUAUAGCAGAGAUUUGAUAAUAAAAAGAAAAUCCUAAACAAUGAGAAAUAAAGUUACCUGGUUUCUCUG